GUUUCAAAAUUUUGUUUUUGUUGACACGUCUUACGUCAUUAGUAUUUUCGUGUCAUUCAAAAUUUCAGUAAAAAUGGAAUAAAUCAUUUUAGCUUAUAGUGACAUGAUUUGGUAUUACAAGUUAUGUCCGCUCCCCAAAAAACCAACAGUCCUAUCAUCACCACUCAAGUGGUAACAGGCCAGCCGAUACUUAAAGAAGGCAAGAAACAAACUGUUCUUGAAUCUCAUGGAUACAUUUUGGGAAAAACGAUUGGUUCUGGCUCAUAUGCCACAGUGCGGAUGGCACACAGCGAGCGUCACAACAUGAAUGUCGCGGUCAAAAUCGUAAGCAAAUUUUCAGCACCGGCAGACUACUUGAAGAAAUUUUUACCAAGGGAGAUCGAAGUGGUUAAAGGACUCAAACACCCAAAUUUGAUCCGAUUUUUGCAAGCCAUAGAAACGACCCACAGAGUGUAUAUUAUAAUGGAAUAUGCCGAAAACGGGAGUCUUUUAGAAAUAAUUCGCAAAGAGUCAUACAUUGAGGAAAACCGAGCUCGUAAGUGGUUUCGACAACUCGUCGACGCUGUCGACUAUUGCCAUGAGCGAGGUGUAGUACACCGAGACAUCAAAUGUGAAAACCUACUCCUCAACACUGAAUUCGAGAUAAAACUUUCGGAUUUUGGCUUCGCCAGAGGCCACAUGAAGGUCAAGAACGGGCAAGCCCCCUUGAGCGAAACCUUUUGUGGGAGCUACGCUUACGCUUCCCCCGAAAUCCUCAAAGGUAUCCCCUACCAGCCCCAAUUUUCCGACAUAUGGUCAAUGGGGGUUGUCCUGUUCGCCAUGGUUUACGGCCGUUUGCCAUUCGAUGAUACGAAUUACCGCGAUUUGGUCAAGCAAGUCACCAACAAAGUUGUCUACCCGAAAGAACCCAAAGUGUCGAUGAUGUGCAAAUCAUUAAUAAAUAAAAUUUUAGCGCCGCUUAAAGCCAGGAUUAGGAUUCCGGGGAUCAAAACCGAUCCCUGGUAUGUUUACAAUACGAAUGAUGGGGGUCAUGGAAGCAGGGAACGAAAUGUAGUAUCAGAACCCACUUCUGAUGAUGUGUCUUUACUAAAAAUUAAAUACUUUUGAUGGUAGGAACCCGAGCGAGGCGGAAACGUCAGUACUGCGUCUAUUCCGAAAGAGACUUGAGUCGGCGAAGUCAAAACAAGGAAGUAUCUGGUAUAAAGUGGCUUUUAUUAUCGUUUUAUAAGACUGGCUGAUUAUAAAAUAUACAAGAAAACUUACAUUACUGA